AAAAGUAGAAAUAAAUAAAUAAAUAAAACCAUAAUUCAUAGGGGAAAGUUCAAAGUCUUCUUCUUCCUUGCCCUUCCACUCUUUUCCUUUCUGUGGUUAUCUCUCAAAACCCCAAAUUCCUCUUAUCAACUUAUUCUUUGAUCUGUGCCUUAUUUAACUGAAGCUGCUUUGAGAUGGAGGACGGCAAGAUGUCUGAGGAUAUUUUGACUUCAGCUGCGGCAUUUGUUGAGGGUGGAAUUCAGGAUGCCUGCGAUGAUGCUUGCAGCAUAUGCCUUGAAGCAUUUUGUGACAGUGAUCCUUCUACAGUGACUGGUUGCAAGCAUGAGUUCCAUCUUCAAUGUAUUCUUGAAUGGUGUCAGCGAAGCUCCCAGUGCCCUAUGUGUUGGCAGGUUCUCAGCUUGAAAGACCCUAACAGCCAGGAAUUGUUGGUUGCAGUAGAGCACGAGAGAAACAUCAGGAUGAAUCCUCCUAGAAACACCACAAUCUUUCACCAUCCAACUCUAGGAGAUUUUGAAUUACAGCAUUUACCUGUAAGUGCAACUGAUUCUGAACUUGAAGAGCGUAUCAUUCAGCACUUAGCUGCUGCCGCUGCCAUGGGAAGGACACGCCACCUUGCCAGAAGGGAAGGUCAGCAAGGUAGGUCAUCAGGUCAAGGUCAUCCCCAUUUUCUGGUGUUUUCAACUCAUCCAAAUGCUCCUCCUCCUGCUGCUGCUGCUGCUUCAUCUUCUACUCAAAGGAGUGGGGGUGUACCCGCUCCUGCAUUCUUGGUUUCUGGUCAGGAUUCUCCAAUUGUUGCUGUUGGAGAAGGUUCUGGACAACUAGUCACUCAACCAUCUUCUUUUCAAGCUGAUCAGGUUUCUGCCUCUGGGUCAGGAUCAAAUGCUGCUGUUAAUCAACUUGGGACUUCGUCAAAUGAUAGGAGGACUCUUUUUCAAUCAUCUCCUAACCAUCAACACAGAGCCAGACCAUCAGAUUUUCAGUCUUUUUCAGAAUCUAUAAAGUCUCGACUUAGUGCAAUGUCAAUGAGAUACAAAGAAUCUUUAACAAAGAGUUCAAGGGGUUGGAAGGAGAAGUUUUUCUCUCGCAACAGUUCGACAUCAGACCAUGGUCUGGAAUCUAGGAAUGACAUCAGUGCAGCUGUUGCCACUGUAUCACACCUGAUGGAGCAUCUGGAAACCACAGAUAGCAGAGCCAGUUCUGCUGAAUCAAAUAUAUUGGAGGAGACUUUACCUGCUGGACGUGCUGAGCAGCAUAUACCUGAGAUUGAUGAUACCCAUUCUUUAAAUGAGAAUAAUAGGCAAGCCCCAUGUGCUGCAAGUUCUGGUUCAAACUAAGUUUUGAAUGAAUCAGAGCAUUUUCUCUUCAAGGUGAAUUUCUUGCCAAGACCAAUGAUAUAUGGUUUGCAUCUUAUUGGAUCUGUGGCAAAUCCUAAUACGUUGAAGUGCAACACUGAAUGUAGCCUGCUUCAAUAAAAUAGGAGGGAUGGAUGUUAUCAUUUGGUCGAAGCCGUAUAUAUGUAUGAUAAUAUAGAUGUAAAUUGGCCCAUUUUGGAUAGUGCUGAUGAAUACAACUGUUUUCUUUAAUCUCACAUGAACCCUCCUUUGUAAUCUUUUCUAGAAAUUGUUGGACAGUUACUUGACCAAAUCUUUUCUGUGUCCAGUAGCACUGCACGUUCACUUUUAAUAGAGUUUUGAGUAAACGUUGAAUAUGUAUAUUGAUUAAUCAUUUUCAAGGUGCUUUUACUUCUGUAAUGUUUAGAUGUAUGACUUGUGAUCACAUAAGGAGCCUUCCUAUCUUUGUACGCACUAGAACUUUAUAUUGUAAAAGCUUUUUAUGAUUUUAA